AUGACAAUGUGUGAGGGGCAAAAGUGCCGCCUCGACGUGUCUACGUGGGACUCGUCCCCGGCGAGGCAAAGCGGCCCGUGCGCGAAUGUCUUUGGUGUUGUUGUGGGCGAGCGACGGCAUAUGGACGACCCCGGCCGGGUGCUGUACUACUUUCACACGCUGCGCGUUGAGCGCCCUGUUAGUAGUGUAGCAACGGAGCGGAGUGGUGGGCUCGUGCAUCCGCGCCGUGAGAGAAGAGAAGAGCUUUCUGUAGGCACACACGCCCUCAACUCCGCUGGGGGAUUUAAAUACACCUUUGACGGCUGGUACGACGAGAUAUUUUUGUAUAAAAUCGACGAGAAGGCGUUGGUGCCGGUGCAGCGGGAGUGGCGCACGGCGAUGGAACAAGACACCUCCCCAUGUGAGGUGCUGUAUCUCUGCUACGCGACACGGCCGUGGUUUCAGAGCCCAUUUGCUUCGCUGCAGUACAUGCAGAUGCCAGAGCGCCAACUGUGCUACUCCGUCUCGGUGUGUCACCGCUGCAUGUCGCCCUUUGUCUCCCAGCGACACCUACAUGAACAUCUUGUCGGUGGCUACUGCCGAUUUCGCCGCCCACCCGGCAUUCUUCUCUACGACGACAAGGACUGCGGCCGGCGUGUCUAUUACGUCGACGGAGCCAAACAUCUGCACUACGGUCGCUGCUUGUCGCUUCUCGGCAAGGCGUUCAUCGAGAGCAAGCAGCUGGGGAGCGAUGUGGACAUUUACGAAUUUUUCGUUGUCACCGCACCGCGGGCGUCGUUGCCGUAUGUUCUUGGAGAGAUGGAGGAAACGACUUUUCGGCGUGAGGCGGCCAGCUUUGACGCGGCGCAUUGGGACGGCGACGUCGUUGUUGGUUACUUCAGCCGCAUCAAACACCGCCCGGACCACUGCCUUUCCUGCAUACUCACACUGCCGAUGUUUCAGCAGAAGGGCGUCGCCGUCUUCAUGUUGGAUGUCGCGUAUGCUCUGACGGAAAUGCGUCAGCGACUGUGUGGGUGUGAGGCGGCGUGCGGCAGGCGCGGUGGGGCGAUAUCGCGUCCCUUCUCGCCCCACGGACAGGCGCUGCUGCUUUCUUACUGGCGGCGACGUGUGACGGAGGCUCUGAUGCAAAGUGCCGCGUCCCCGUCUAUUGACACUGAGGCCACGGCAACAAGUGCAGCGGAGGACGACGACAAUGUGGCCUCCACGGUGCCCUUCAGCGUCGUCCAUGAGAAGGUCCUGUUGGGUGGCCACUACAUACACGAGGAUGACCUGCGCUUCUUCUUAUUCCAUGACGAGCGCUGUUUUUACGCGCGCAAGACGCCUGCGAUUGCGGUCCCAGCGACCUGCCCAAAGCGUCGGACAGCGGCGAAUGAGAGUACCGACAACAAUAAUAAUAAUAUCAACAAUAACGUUAGCAGCAGCAGCGGCAGCAACCAUUAUUACAACAGCGGUAUCGACAUUGCUGGUGGGUCGUUGGGCUUCGUGCCGCCACCGGCGGAGUUUAUUGGUUCGGUGCUCUUGUUUAAGCGCGACGUGUUGCAGCGGGAGCAUCAGCCUGGCAGCUUCAACCAGCAGUUUUGGUGCCGCGGUUCUGACGGCUGCCACCCGUACAGCAUCGCACUUUUUCACUACUGA